AUGGCCAGCUCGUCAGCGUUGGCGUUCACCGUGAGGAGGAAGCCUGCGGUGCUGGUGCCGCCCGCGGCACCUUCGCCGCGGGACCUGAAGAGGCUCUCCGACAUCGACGACCAGGACGGGCUCCGCUUCCAAGUCCCCAUCAGCCACUUCUUCCGGCAACACGACGGCGAGGACGACGACCCGGCGCCUGUACUACGCGGUGCCAUAGCGGCGCUCGAGGGCCGCAAGCUCGCCAUCGACUGCACCGGCAAGGGCGUGCUGUUCGUCGAGGCUGACGCCGACGUCCGCCUUGACCAGUUUGAUGCGGCCCUAGGGCCGUCCUUCCCGUGCCUCGACGACCUCCUAUUCGAUGUCCCCGGCUCCUCUGGUAUCCUCGACUGCCCGCUCCUCCUUUUCCAGGUGACACGGCUCGCUUGCGGCGGCUUCGUCAUGGCUGUGAGGAUACAGCACACGAUGGCAGAUGGGCUGGGGAUGGUGCAGCUCCUAGGUGCUAUCGCAGAGCUGGCUCGGGGUGCGCCGGCGCCAACAGUGCGACCGGUGUGGGGGCGCGAGCUGCUGCAGGCGCCGCUGCUGCUGAACGAUGAUGUACUACUCCCAUCACGCUUUGCGCACCGUGAGUACGAUAAUGUGAUGGACAUUAAUGGCGCCAUUGUGCCCUUUGAAUUCAUGGUGCACCGCUUCUUCAUUGGGUGGCGGGAGAUCUACGCCAUCCGAUCCCAUCUCCCAUUGGCUCUCAGUCGCGACGCUACCAACUUUGAGGUCAUCAUGGGGUGCCUGUGGAGGUGCCGCACGGCAGCUCUGGCCCCCAGCGCUGAUGAGGAAAUGAGGAUGAUCUGUACCGUCAACAUCCGUGGCAAAAAAAACACUAUCAUCCCCGUCGGCUACUAUGGCAAUGCCUUCGCGACCCCCGUCGCCAUCUCCACUGCCGGUGACUUGCUCGCCAACCCUGUGAGCUACGCCGUGGAGCUGGUGAUGAAGGCGAAGCGGGAGGUGGAUGUGGAGUACAUCCUCUCCGUGGCAGCGCUCAUGGCACAACGCGGACGACCACACUUUGCGGUGGCGCACGGCUACCUCGUCUCGGACGUGACCAAGUUUGGAUUCUGUGACCUUGACUUCGGCUGGGGCAAGCCAGUGUAUGCCGGUCCAGCGGAGGGUGGAGUCGUCGCCAUACCAGGCGUCGCCAGCUUCUUCAUUGCUUUAAGGAACGCGAUGGGCGAGGAGGGUAUCGCAGUCCCGGUGUGCAUGCCCGGCCACACCAUGGACAAGUUCGUUAACGAGAUGGGCAAGCUCAUGCGCCCGGAAUUGACUGACACGUUUUCCAAGAUGUGA